AUGGUUAAUGAAGAUAUUGAUGAUGAUCUAUUUAAUGAGAUUGAAGAGUUGAAUAAAACUAAGAAUAGUAAAGUUCAGUUUAAGAAAAAGCUCACAAGUAAUAAAAAAAUCCUGCGAUCGAAAUUAUCUUUCCAAGAUGAUAAUGAUGAUGUGGAGAAUAACAAUGACAAUGAUAAUUACAACGAUACAUCUACAAUCAUUCCAACAUCUAAGAUAUUAUUUAAAAAGAAACUAACAAAGAGCACAACUCCAGAAACCAAAAGACGACCUAUUAAUCUAGAUAAAUAUCGUACAAAUCAAAAGGUAGACGAAGAAGAGUUGUUGUUAGAACUAGACGAUGAAGAUCCUGAGAAUAAUCCAACUAUUGUAAAUAUAGAUGAAUUGAAAGAUCCAAAACUUGAUAAAAUUCGACAAAAGUACAACUCAGAUAUGUUACCCCCUCUUCCUCCACAGGAACAAAAGAAAUAUGUACCUAUUGAAACUAAUAGAGAUCCUAAUGAAGAUAUAAAAAUGUCAGUUAGAAAAUAUGCCAAUGAAUUAAUUAAUGAAUAUAAAGAUGAAAAAAAUUAUGAUGAUGGGACAGAAAAACAAGAAAAGGAAGAACAAAUUGAAAUUGAUAAUGAUGAUAUACAAUUAAAUGAUGAAGAUAUGGGUACUUUAAAUACAAAAAUUGAUUUUGAUAAUAAAUUCAAUUUUGAAAUUCAAACCGAUCAUGAUGAAGAAGAUAAUGAUGAUGAUGAUAGGAAUGACAAUACUAAUGUAGAGAUGAAAAUUCCAACUGUGAAGGAACAAAUUGAAAAUAUUACUGGAUUAAUCAAACAAUUUGAAAUCACUAAUCGAGAGAAACAAAAUUUGAUGACAAAUUUAAAGAUUGAAAAAGAAGAAUUAUCUCAAAAGAAACAUGAUCUUAUUGAAGAGUUAAAUAGGUUAGUCAUAUGA